UGUUGAUGUCAACAGUUGCGCUCGCGAUCUGUUAGAUCGAGGAUCAUAUGGGCGCCGCGGCCAUUGUUGCGAGGAAACGAUGGAUGCCAUUGCAGCAUCAGGUAGCUGUGCACUGUGCAGCAUUUAGCUACGGUAGGCAAGCCAGAUUGCGCUGGCAGUGAUCUAAUAUCAGCUAGCAGCCCGACUAUGCGACAGUAUCAAGCGCCUCGAGUUCAUUCUGGAGGACAGCGGGGGGUUGCGCUGCCAGCUUCCAUGGAGAGUCUUACCUAGGGAUGCUCAAGCCAGCUUGGUCGAAGCGUCGAUCCAAGAUGCACUCUCCUCGAUGCUGGUACAAGGGGAAGUCGCGGGGAUGGCACUACAAGAGCAUGAGCCAAAGUGUCCGCUUCAGCAUCUUGUUCUCCAUCCUUGCCUUCUCAGCCACGCUGGUUGUGAUUUGCAAAGGGUGGACGGGGCAGGAUACGUGGUAUGCUGAGGCGCCGGGUUUGACUGAGCUAGGAAAGCAGAAACGGUACACCAUAGUGGUGAACACAUUCAAGCGGCACGACCUGCUCAAGCGGAGCUUGGAGCACUACGGACACUGCAACCGGGCUGACGCUAUCCGAGUGCAGUGGAGUGAAGCAGACCCCCCGCCUGCGGAUGUUGCAUCCUUUUUGACGGCGGAUAGGGGCAUGCCUGGGAGUGACGAUAGUGUGGAAGUGAAGUUUGACGUCCAUUUAGAGGACAGUCUCAACAAUCGAUUCAAACCGCUCCCAGACGUGCGAACGGAGGCGAUCUUCAGUGUAGACGACGACUUGCUGGUCCCUUGCGAGACCCUGGAGUUUGCAUUUGAGCUGUGGACAAGCGCCCCGGACCAGCUUGUUGGGUUUGUGCCGCGGAUGCAUUGGCGGAAGAAGCACUCCACUCCGGCGGAGUACAGCUACGGCGGCUGGUGGUCCGUUUGGUGGACGGGGCGCUACUCCAUGAUCCUGACAAAAGCAGCCUUCCUGCACCACAAGUACUUCGAGCAGUACACAAACGAGCUUCCGCGGGAAAUCUUUGCGUAUGCGCAUAAAGCCAGAAACUGUGAGGACAUUGCCAUGUCGUUCUUGGUUGCGAAUCAGACUGGUGCCCCACCUUUGUGGGUGAAAGGUGCCUUUUCGGAAAUUGGGUCGUACGGGAUAAGCAGCUUGGGCAACCACCAACAGCGGCGGAGCGAAUGCUUGAACCAAUUCCAUCGGAUAUAUGGUUACAUGCCACUGAUAGAGGGGCACGUAAAGGCCGUUCAGGCUGUGCGUGACUGGUUCUGGUAGGGCCUUAGACACAAUUAGCUUUGGUGGUCCUCCUUAACAAUGAAGCAGAUUCUUAACUUAGAUGAUUGGCAUCCGGACAUGUCCCAUUCUUGAAUGGAAGGUCUCUUAUGAGAUUAGAUAUUAGUAGUGGCAACGCUUGUAAAAGCCAGGCUAUGAAGUUUAAGAUCGUUUGUCCGUAGUAAAGCUGCACUCAGCCACGUACGUACAAGCUGGUGGCAAGUGGUGUUACAAUCACGGCCACAUGCUCCUGUAGCCAAUUGAGGUUCUCGACAAAGCCAGCCGUGUAUAGGUAUAUGCAUCCACGUUCAGGUCACACAUUGUGAGGCUGCGUGAAUAGCCGUGGGGUGAGCCGAACUCAUCCAAACGCCACAUCAUUUCCCUCCUGGCUGGCAUUUCAAACAGGCU